AUGGGAGUUUCGAGGUUCUUUGGUCAGUCAUCAUUGUUUCUGGUUCACAUGAACUUUGAAAAACACGGAAUUAGCAAAAGGUUAGCAAAAAGUCAAAGUCAGUAAUACAUAAAAUUUUUUUUAGAGUGGAGAAACUCAAAUGUAUUUUCCCUCGUUAUCUUAUGCUGCUUAUCAAUAAACAAAUAAAAACAAAUUUUUUUGAAAUAAAAUUUUUCAAAAAGAAAAACAAUUUUUUUAAAGUGCAUGCAAAAAGAAAAAAAUCUUCUCGAAAAUGUGGCGUGUUAAUAAAAAAAUUAGAGAGUUAUGACCUUACGCGUCGCGUGUAAUGUUCAAAGCACAAUAUUCGACGACUAAGUUUGCAAAAUUAUAAAAAAGUUUCCGGAAAGUUCAUGACCCCUCUAGAGCUCUAUAGAAUUCCUCUUUUUAUAUUUUGAUAUAUUUCAUUGCGUAAUUCACAAUGAGAUUGCGUUCUCUUUUUUUUCCAAUUUGAGAAAAAUAGGGGGAAUGUCCAGCACCUUUCCUGUGUGUUUAAAGUGAGUUUUCAAUUUUAAUAAGAUCUUUCUCGUUCCUUUAUUCUUACGUUCUGAUUUCUUCUUCAGACAAGGGUUAUUUGGGACGAUUCGAUUUCUAAGCUGACGAUAAUUCUUCUUUUCAAUCUUCAAGGGCGAUCGCAAUCUUCGUAAGUUUUAAUGCCUAUUUUUAGAACAAGAGAAGCUUAUGAGAAUUUCCGUCUUUCAAGCUCGCGAUACUGCGGUAGCCAUUUAUUUUUUAUUUAUUCUGAGUCCAAUAAUAAAACGAGUGGUUGAUCAAACAAAUGGAAAGGGUCACAAUUGUUUCGCCACAUCUUUUUGACGGCUGUUGUUUGCCGUAAAUCUCGCGCGAAUCUCUUUUCAUUUAAUAGAUUUUAUCAAGAAAAAAAAAACAACUUUUUAAUUUUUUAAAGAGCUCAGUUUUUCUUUCUUUGAGGUUCAGUUAAUAUGAUAUAAUUUCAGAAUUCAAGAUUCUUUGUUAUUUUCUGCAGAUGUAUACCGUGUGUUUAUCGAGACUUGAACCUAGGAAAAGUUAUUCCGACUUAAGUUUGAUAUCUAAAAAUAUGAUUGAGCAGCAAAUUUGGAUGGUUUUUUUUUCAAACAAUGUUCGAAUUGGAAGUCUUUCCUUAUUUUUAAAAGAGAGUAUGACCGCUAAUUUUUUGAAUCCAACUUCUUUCCCUUUUUGAACAUAAAUGGAACAAUGUUCAAAAAGUCAUUUCCAGAAAAAAAAAAUUGACUAGUUUUUUGUACCGAAAAUGGUUUUGCGAUUAUGAUAAUGUUUGUAAGUCGGCAGUUAUUCGUAUCCUUCAAGUUCAAAGAUGUAGUUCUGUUCGUUUCAAAUUUUUAACAAAGCCAGAGAGAAAAGUUUGUAAUUGAACCAGGAAAUGUUCAAAGCUUUUAUUUCAGGGUUCCCAUUCUUUUCUUUCGGAACCCAGUUUGUCAAUUUAAUUUUAUUGCUAUGUUUUGUCGGUCAAAUCUUUACUCUUUUUUUAAGCUCACUUUUUUUCGGAUUUUUUUACUUUUUUUACAGAUGAAACUCAAUGUUUUUCGGGUAAAUACACUUUCUCUUUCAGGCUUAGCCGAAAAUACCUUGAAAAUAUUUUAUAAAAUGAAAAAUUUUCUGAAAAUGAUUCUCUUCUCCAAAAUUUUUUCUAAAUUUGACUUUAGAGAUUCUCCAAAAAAGUAUAACCACUUUUUCGAAUUCAGAACAAACUAAAUUUUCAACCAACCCUAUUUUUUUAUUCAAGAAAUCUGAAAAGACGACAAUUUUUUUUUUCAAUUUUGAAACCAAGCCUGUGGAACCAUCGUUCGCUCAAAGAAUAACGAAAAAGCAAAGAAUUCUUCUUCUUCUUCUGUUUUCUUGUCAAUCAACCUUCUCCAGAAUUUUAUUUUUCGCUUGCAUGUCUCACACGACAACAGCCGUUUUGUACGCAAAGCGGAAGCGAAAGAACAAAAAAUAAAUAGCCGUCGGAGAUAUUUCUGCACAGCUGAUCGGAUUCCGCUUCCCUAAUUUUUUCUUACACAAGAGUGAGGGUGGCGAAUGGGUUUUGCAUGGAGAAGGGGUCGUAAAAUGAUGACGCUGUAGCAUAAAGUGUACAACGGUUGGAUCUCGGGUGCAAUCUUUAUCCGAAUUUCGCUUGCAGCUGGACUGACCUCGGAAAAAAUAGCCUCUCGAGCAAACAUGGAUCAUUUUGACCAGGCAUCUGUCAAUUUCACUCUUUCUUACGAUUUCAUGAGCUUUUAGGGCGUUAGGGAACAUUUUAUAAUGAAAUAUUUCUCUUCAAAAAUCUUUUUGGCGAAUAUUUUCAAUAAUUUGUAAUAACAAGUGUAGCACACAGACAAGAUUUGAAAUAGAAAGGAAAAAGACAUAAAUUGUAAUUAAUGUGUCUCGAAUUCUAAAUAUUAGAAUCGGAAACGUUUUUUUCUGGUUUUUGUUUGUCAUUUUUCGAAAAAAAAUGCGCUUCGUGACAUUUCCAGCAAAAUUUUUCUUCCAUUUCAAAUUUUCAUCGGAACAACAAACUUCGACAAUGCUUUCUCAUUAAUUAGGCUCUAUUUUUUUCAGAGCGUGAUUUUGGGAGAAAAUCGAAUUUUUCGUUCACCUGAGCAUGAGUUUGAAAAAAUAUAUAUAUGUUGGCUUCUUCUCUUCUAUUUUUUUAUUGUUUUUACUGGGACUUUCUAUAAAUUCUUUUCUUAAUGUUACAAAGUUCCUUGUUUUUGGAGCUCAUCUUGGUAGAUCCGUAGGAGGCAUUUUUCGCAGACGUGUGAAGUAAAUGUUUUUUUGGUUGGUAUGUGGUUGUUGUUGUUGAACGGCAAAAAAAGUGGUCCGAAAAAUACUAAAGUGUAACAGAUACUAAUUUUUUUGUCGUUUUUUUGAAGGCGAAAUACUCGGCUUGAAAAAAAGCCAAAAAAAGUUUAUUGAUAGAGCGAAACUUGAAAUUUAUUUUUAUAUAUCAAUCAAUUAAUUUUUACUCUUCCGUAGAAAUGUAUCUCUGGAAUUUGAGGCUACUAAAAAGUUUUUCAUAAAUUUUACUCAUUCGGAAUAGUUUUUCUUUCAUUCUUUUCGAUUUUGGAAAAAUAUCAAAUAUAUUUCAUAAACUUCUCCCCCACAUUUCGUCACUCUCAAAUCAAACAAAAAAAAAAAUUGAAAUUAAACUUGAAAAUUUAAACAGAUGGGACCGAGGUCAAACAUCCUCCUCUGGUCAAUAAAAAAAAGGAGAGAAGUGUAACUUCGGCCUCCUCAGGAGUCAUAUUUUACGUUCACCUUGGAGGCUUUUUGCCAAUGGAAAAACCCGCAGUUGUUUCGUAUCAUUGUUCUGAAUGUUCUAGUGAUAAUCUCUAUGGCAAGAAGCUAUCUUUCUUCACGCCGUAUCGAGUUACUCUCAGGCAAAAGCUUCCGGCUACUCGAGAAGUGUUCUCGAAGUGAACGACUCAAUUCUGGCCCAAAUCGUACUAGAGCCUGGGAAAUGGCCUUUUAGUUUUUCCAUUGAAUUGAUCCAAUUCUAACUAAAUUCUUCAAACGUUCAUGAAGUCAUUCAGACGCUUCACAAGUGCCUGGACCAAGUCUCAUGAAUGUUUGUUAAACUAUACGUAGGUUUUUUACCAAAAGUUUUUUCCUGAAGUUUCCGAUCGCAGAAAUUCUAAUUUUGGUGUUUUUCUAGGUUUUAUUUCACUUUUAAGAUUCAAAUGUAAAUGAUCAUUACUACGUCCUUUUUUGGGAAAACAAGAAAACGAACUCAAGUUUCAGAACUUCUUCUUCGGUUCAUUUUUCUCAAUAAAAUUCAUGACAGAGAGAAAGAGAGAGUCUUCUUCUUUUCUAACCAUGGUGAGAUGCACUUUUUGUUUUUCUGAAUAUCGGAGCUGAUGUAGUUCUACUAGAAAAAUGAUAUCUGCAAUCCCGUAUGCAUUAUGACUGGAGCGCCUAUAUAUAUUUUUUUGGACUUUUCCAUCGGAUGAUAGAUUUCCUUCUAAAAGCUUCUAAAUUUUUCUUCAGUUUUUUGCAUUGUUUUUCAGAAAAUUAUCUUGAAAAAGGGAUUUUUGAGAAGUUUUGGACUUUUCUUUUUUACUUUUUCGGAAAUUAAGGCUGAGCUUUUUACUGAACCACUUUCAAAAUAUUGGAAGCGUUACAUUUUUAUUCGUUUUCAAGUUUUGUGAUCUCGAAAUCAAUUCUGCAUGUCUUGAGACAAUUGUACGCGUUAUUUCUUCAUUUUCUCUGAUUUUUAAAUGAUAUUCAUAAUGUUGAGAAGAAUUUUUUUAGAGAUAUUAAUCAAAAAGAAAAUUAGAGAACAUAAGAAAAAUUUCAAGUUGGAGUCUGGUGAUUAAAUCACCUUCUAGAGAUGACUGAAAAAAAUUUUUUUAAAUUUUUAUUAUUGAAUAUGUACAGGUGGUUAGAAGUUACAAAAUUGAUGAAAGAUCGCGAUUUUUUUGUGAAUAUAACGUAACGUCAUGUUUUUCCGAAACUUCAGAAAUUUCAAUUCUGUUUUGCUUCCGAAGGUUUGAGGUUUUUUUUUCCUUCAGAUCGUGAAUUUUCACUUUUAUUUUAUCCUAGAAAUAACCAAAUUAUAAAACAAGAUUGUAUUACAGUAGUUUUUUGAGUUCAUUAGACUUGCUUGAAAUUCUCGGCUUCCUUUUUUAUUAAAAGCUAUUUCUCUUUCCCAUUCUUCCGAGCGUUUUUCUUAAGCAGAUCAUCAAAACGAACAUGUAUAUACAAUUACGCAACGAUUGGCAAAGUGUCGCGUGUGUGCAGCGAGUUUGAGUGUAAGAUGACGCUUGUUAUCCCAAGCAUUUGCCCGGAGGCAAGAUGCUCAAGGAAGGCGGCAAUCUGAGCAACUGUCGGACUUGGCCGUUCGGAUCCACCCUCAUCCACCCUCACCUUGCUCCAACGAGCAGCACAAAAAACGUACUUGCACCCGUCGCCGGCGGCUGUCUCCUCAUAGUUUUCUUUCCCAAUUUCCCGGUCUUCCUUCAAGAUUUUUCUCGAAUAGUUUAAUUAUCAAUUUUGAGAAUUUUCACAUGGAUUUUUCGAUUUGAAUCGAAUAAGUCAAAACGUUUUAAUAUCUGGUUUUUAGACCUGGCUCAAGUAAUCUCCAGAUAACUUGUUUAAAUUCGUUUUCUGAUAAGACGAAACGAACAAGGCGCGAGCUGAGUAUGAGCUAAGAUCUUACGAACAGAGAGGGUGGUCUGAUUAUAAAGUGAUAUUUGGCUGGACAAAAGUCGAUCAACUGGAUUUUAGUAUGGCUACCAAAAACAUGUUUUUUGUUUUCGAAGUAAUAGCAAAAAAUUUGAAUAAUUUCGACUAUGCUGGAAGAUCCUGGAUUUGAAUUCAUUAGGCUUCACAAAAAAGAACUGGUUGAAAAACAUCAUUUAUUCUCUUUCUAGUCCCUCGAAGAUGUCGUUUUUGUAGAUCAUCUUGUUCAAAAAAUGUCUCUAAAGUUUCUGAAAAGAUAGGGUACCUGAAAUUUAAGCUGCGUCAUUGGGAGAGUGAAGUUACUCGACCAGAAAAAAAAGCGAAGAUGUAUACUAAGUGCUUUCUUUUCUCUAAAUUUUUGCAUAUUGUCGUUAGGUUUUGCCACCUAUUUCCUUCAAAUCACUAAAAUGAUCAACCGACCAAAAACCUACAAUCCGGGGAUAGUUCUUGAGAAAAAGAUUUCGAUUAGAAAUACAUUUAGAGAAAUAGAGGCAACAGUAAACUAGCAAUUGAAAAUUAGAAUCGCGAUAGAAUGCCUUGGUUUUCAUCCUUCUUCACUAGGCAGCGCAUCAAGAAACCCACGAGCUCAUAUUUAUCACCUGAUGACGUCUUUCCUCUUGUUUCUCAAGCCUCGGUGUGAUUACCCAUUCGAUCGAAGCUUGUAAUUCGUCUCUCGUCAAUAAUACGAAGGGUCAUUAUUCAUCCUGUGGACAGGCUAUUUGCGAGUUUUUUUCAGAGAUGGCGUCAACGCCAGCAACACUCGCCGCGCCACCGACGGCCCUCGAGAAGUGCGCCAGCUCCUUGUCGGAGAUUCAUCGCCUCCUCCGAGGUUUUUUUAUUUUUCUUCUGAUGAUUUUCUGCUCCAUUCAAACAUUUCCGGAUCGAGCAAGCUUUCUUCCUUUUUCAAAGUUUUUCUAUUAAUCAGUUUCUCCAUUUGCUCACCUUGAGCGAGUUCAAAACGCCUUGACCUACUGUAUUAUCAUGUAUAGUUGCGCGUAACGGUUAUUGGAGUGAAAUGGGAACUCGAACGCGAUUCGCGAUUAGAGAAGUUAUGCCUUUUUUUCAAAAUUGUUUUUCCAAAAUUUUUUGCUCACUUCAUGCCUUUUUCUCUUUUUAACACUAAUUUUUUCAAAGAGACGGAAAAGCUCUAUUUCUUAUAAUCGCUGUUUGUAUUUGAAUUUUGAGAUAAUCUCCGCCGAAAAUACCUUUGCGUUUCAUUCCAUCAUAAACGUAUCGCGAACUUUCUGCACUUUCUGGUUUUUUCAUGCAGUUUUUCAUUGGUUUUCAUCAUAAAAAGAAGAAUUUCUCAGUGGUGUUCAAAAUGUUCUAUGAGGGUGAGGACAGAGAAAAAACUCACAGUUUUCUCACGUGAGCUCUAACGAAAAAUUAAAUCUAAGAUUAUUAAAGUCGAAAUAAUAUCUGGCAUUUGAACGACUUUAAUUUAUGAGGAAUAAUUCCUCCCUACCCCUUAGAAAAAUUGUUAUUCAUGGACGCCAAAAGUUGCUCUGAACAUUUUUUUGACCGUGGAAAAAUCGGCUAUUGGGCUCCCACGUGCUAAUUAGUGAAUAUCCUGGGAAAUCGCACUAGGAAGUAAGAUUUUCUCAUGAAGAAGGCGAAAAAAGGUUUCCCAGCGAACCACGGGACAACUUUCUCAAGAGAAUAAUAUUUUGCAGUUGAUUGAUUCAUAUUAUGCAUAGUUGAUGAGACACUUACAAGGCCUUUUCUGCAAAUCAGGCUCAAAAACCGAAUUUAUACGGCAACUACAAAGAAUUGUUCACCCUACUGCUGGGAGGCAUCCGCAAGUUUGGCAGAAAAAAGGUUUUCUCAAAACUUCAGUACAAGUUACAAUUCUUUGAAGUUCCUGUAAGUUCAAAAGCCAUAGAAAAUGUACAUUCUACAAAAAUUCAACUAAAAUCUAGAAACUUCUGACUUUUUUUUACAUCAGGGAAUUUCUCAAAAAAAAAAAAUGCUUGAUUUGGCCAAAAAAAGCAUUUUUUGAAUUUGUUGAAAUUUUUCUAGAGCUCUUGGAAUAGAUAUUGCUCACUCUACUCCUACGUUAUGACCAGUUUUUUUCGUCUUCUUCAUUACACAGCUUUACCUCGGAAACUGCGAACUUUUUCUCAAGUUCUCACACGUUUUCAGGCCAGCUGUCGUCAGGAAAGAAAGUUACUGAGACCGAUGAAACCUUAAAAAAAAGGAAAACCAGAUGCAAACUCAUAUUUCUUUCGUACUUUUCCGUUUGAAACGGUGGCAUUUGUCAUUUAUCUAGGUGCCGUGUGCCGGACGCGUCGCCUGGGGAGCCAACUUUUUUUUUCCUUGGUUUUUUGGGAGGCCAGGUGUAAGUGUCCAUCUAGCAUUCAGAACAGCUUCUUUCGGGAGCUUUUUCUACUGUUUUUAGCGUUUUCUUCAGUAUUCCUGAGAACUACAGUUUCAAGGGAUUUUAUCUCUGGAUAAAGAUUUGAUCCUUAAGAUUGAAGAGAAAAUGUCAAAUUGAAAUGAAAACCCACUUUCUUCACUUCGGUCUAGUUUUUCACACCAACAUCAUUUGAAAUUCAGGAAAACUGAGACUAGAGCCUUGUGAAUGCAAAUUUUCGAAAUAAAUGAUUUAUGCUCUUUCAGGAUUUCCUCUCCUUUCUUCACGGCUAUAUGUUUCAUACCUUUCUUCAAAAUAUGAGCUCCUUUCCUCCAAAAUUGAAGCGUUCUUUGUCGAAAAAAUAUUUCAAUUAAAUAUAUGAGAACUAGAAGAAUUUCUCUCAUUUUACAGCUACUCUCAAAAACUUCUUCUCAGAUAUUUUAUUUGGCGAUUCUUUUCAAAAUUGCUUUCCUGAGCGUUACUUGCAAACUUUUUUUCUCUCCCAAAAAAAAGGAGAAAUUUUCCUAACAUAAGUUUUUCUUGCUUUUUGUGAAUUCCUCUCACUAGGUUUGAUCAUUUACUUUGAAUAAGUCAUCAUGUUCUCGUGUGAAGAGUUCUAAUCAUAUGGCGUGGACAUUUUUUUGAUCAAUUCCCCUUUUUCAGGUUAAACUUCUUUUACGAAACCGAAAAAGAAAGUUCUAACAGAACUUUCAAGAUUUUUUUGCGUUCCGUUUCUAUUUCAAAAAAACUAAAGUUCAAUUUCUAUGUUUCUCAAGAGUAUAAUAACGAUCCCCAAGUUGAUUGAGAUUUCUUAAAAAAAUUAUUUUUUUAAAUUCAAAUUUCUUGGCAAUUUUCAAAGACACGUGUUGUUUCAACAUACAAGAUAUUCGUGUCCUUCUUCUAGAAAUUGGUUUAAAAAGUCACUUACAGUACUUCUGCUUUCUGGCUUUUCGAAGAAUUGAUUAAAAAAUGAGGUUUUCAAAACAAGGCUUAUUAACGUUACCAAAAGACAGUAGAAUUUCAACCGAUUGCUCAAAUUGCCCACCUUCUUAUCUUCCUAAAAAGCCGUGUAAUCCCGAUCAGCUCCAACUUAGCACCCACUUCUUUGGUUUCUCCCGAUAAUUAUCAACUUCUUUUUGUUUUUUUUGUUUCCGCGCCCACCUCUCAAAGAACCAGCAUCUUUGCAUUGCUCCCAUCAUUUUUCAUACGUUUUUGGUUCGUUCUUCUUUGGAUCUUCUGAACCUUCAUAGGAUCUACUGGAAUCUUGAAAAAACCGGGUAAACAUUGUAAGAGGAGUACGACGCCUAACGAAUUGUUUGCAUGCGAAUUGAGCCCUUUUUAGCUCCAUUUUUGGUUGUUUGUUUAUUUUGGUCCGUUUAUGUUUUUAUUCUGAACAUUGAAAAAAAAUAUUUUUUAUGAGAUUUCAGACAAAUUCAUCUUAAAUCAAAAGAAUCUUUGUUUUUUAAUUUUUUGUAAGCAAAGUUGCGGUGAACUGUACUUUAAAAAACGAAGAUUCAAAAGAAUCCUUUGCAACUUUGCUUACGAAAAUGGAACUCUUCUCGUUUUUUGAAUAUAAUAUCUGAAUGAAAACAAUCCUUUUUGAUACAACGCUUAGUGCCAAAAACCUUCUUUUAACACGGAAAAAUAGACAAUUUUUUGGACAUUCAAGCCAAUUUUCUCGGCUUCAAAUCGCCGUCAACACAAUUUCCUAGCCUUCCAAAGGUUAUUUUUUCUUUUUUCUAGGCGGCCUUUCAAAGAACGUCAGCCAAAGAAAUUGCUGUGUCACAAGGAAAAGUUUUUUGAAUUUUUUUGAAACGAAACAAAGAAAGUUAAUUGUUCCACUUAUUCUUUUCGACCUCUCAUGUUUUGUUGCUCAUUUUCAGUGGCUCGCCGAGCCAUCCUAAUUAUUUGGUGGGGCCGGAACGGCUCCAAAUACAAGAUUCGCCGCUCUGACAUUUUUUUAGGCUUUACAGCUUUCAGGAAACUUCUUACUCAUUCUUUUUGCUUUGUGUUAGGCGUAAACCUUCGAAACAUUUUAGUUAUACGGUAACGUCCUUUUUCAUUUUUUCUGACUAAAGUAUGAAAUUAUUUCAUACACUUUCUCGCGAUUGCUUCGAACCUUUAUGAUUUGAGUCUAAUCUCUAUAAUUUAAUUUCCUUGAAAUCCAUGUUGUUUCCGAAAUUUCAAAAGUUUCACUUUUUCAAAAAAAUAUAAGACAUAAGAACAAUUUUGAAAUUUAAAACUUGGGCUCAAUGCUGCGAACAUUGAGGACAUUGAAAAAAAUUCAAAAUUUUUUUUUUUUUCAAUAAUCGAGUUAAAAAAACAUUUUUUUAAAUGUAGUUUCGACGCCCACUCACGCCUUUUCUAUUUCCUGAUUUUCUUCACAGAGAAAAAGGAAUACAAAGAAUGAAUGAAAUAAGAAACGGCCACCAUAAUGGAUUCCAUCUUGUUAUGAAAAAUGUGAUAUUCCUGAAGUUUUCAUUUUUCGGAAGUUUUUUUCCUUUUUUCAUCCGUUUCAGGAAGCUGGUCAUGAUUUCAUUGGGCUCAAAAUAUUUGAUUUUUUCAACUGAUAUAAAUAAUUUUUCUUAAUUUUUAAACUUUUUUUUUGAUUGGGUGUUUCUAGAUUUGAUUCAGAAACAUUUAGUUUACUCUUCCAGGGCUCCCUGUUUAUAUAAACUGAAGAUUCCGAUGAUUUUUGGGUUCAAUUUUUUUAGUAGAAAUUUUUUUAAUUUAAUUUUUUUCGAAACCGAUUUAUUUCUAACCCCAGCGAAUCAGAGAUAAAAGCAAAGGCGAAAGGCCAGAAAAAAUGACAAGCUAUCACGAAAAAUAACAUCUUCGUUAAAUAAUUUAUUACGUCGAAUUGAGUGAUCCCUUUUUUCUUUUCUUUUUUUUCUCAAUCCGUCCAUAUUCAUUUUUCUCAGAAAACACAUUUUGUUGACGUUCUGUGUAUGCAAUUGUAUAAUAGAGGAUUAGUGAAAAUAAAAGAAGAAAAAGGAUUGGAUAAGGAAGGAAAAAAACGGAUAAAGAAAUUUAACCGAAAGGUUAUAAGAAGAUGAAUUCAGUUUGUAAAUAUAAUGAAUAAUUUGAACAUGCAAUAUUUCAGACUUUUCAAAACGUGUUAGACAUAUCAAUUUACAUGAUCAUUCGAGCUUAAACCGCAUAAUUAUCGACGUCUUUAUCUCAAAAAGUGACGUCAUCUUGCGCUGCAAAUGCAGCGAGCGGAAGAAAUUGAUAAAAAAAAAGGAAAAGAAAAAAGUGUCGAACUUUCGACCAUUCCAUCCGCAGCCUGGAAUGUAAACCGUUAGGCCAAGGUGGCUGACGUCUUUUUUUUUCCACGGAAAACAAUGACUUUCUCAAAUUUCUUUUUCGUCUAGACGAAAUUGUAUCUGCAAUCGUAAAACUAGGAUACAUUUUAUUAAUUUUUCGGAUUUUUGACGUUCGCGAAAUUCAAUUCGUUUUUUCACUUCAUUGUGAAAACGAAUUCAUUUUUUUUUUGGUAUUCGGGCUUCUACCAAGAUACUUUAUUGAAAGCCGCAACGUUACCGCGAAUUGGUCUAAUGAUUUAUAGGUUUUUAAUUGAGCUGUGGUUUCAGCUGAUUUGGCUUUUUUUCACUUCUUUGAGCUUCAACGGCCAAAGUUGAUACUCAGUAGACAUCUCAUAACCCAACGUGUUUAUAUCUAGUUGAUGGGUCUAAUCCAAUAUAACUUCCUUUUCUUCUCUUUCCUUUUCUUUGGAUGAGAUUGUGACGUCUUUAAUCUCCAUCUGACCAAUCACGUGACUAUUUUUCCAAAGCUAAAAAUAUUAUUCGUUCCAGAAUCGUCAACAGCUUCCUCGUACAGUUCGAUGAGCGCCACUACAGGAACUUCAGCUGAAGGGUCUCCGAUCGACGCCGCGACAUCGCAUCACGCUCGUCGCAAAUGGCACUCGGCGAUUCGCGUCAUCCAAGGACUACAUCGCUUCAAGAUCCCGAUAUCACAUAGGGUGAGUGAUGGAAAAGCGAUCUGAAAGCUGUUCGAAAGCGACCAAGGAGGAAAGAUUGGGGAAAGACUUCAACAGUGAAACACUGGAGGGAAAAACUCAGAAAAUGGGGGACGGAGUUGUCUUCAAAAGUUCUUGAAGCUUUGAAAAUCUUUGAAAAUAGACCAAAACUUUCGUGUUUGAGAGGAACAUCUUCGUCGCGUCAAAGCUUCCAGGAUAGAUUUUUUUGAAUGGCGCCACUUUUUUAGAACUAAGAGUUCGUGCAGAAUGAGAUUUUAUAUAUUUUCAGGCAAUAAAUCAGCAAGUUUUUUGGUAAUCUCAAGUUUCGAGUAGCUUAUUCUCAGAAAAAAAGAGAAGCUUCAUCCGAAAAUGCUCGGAAUGAGUCUAGGCUGUGCAAGUGCAACGAAAAAAAGUUCUCUGCGUCAUCGGAAUGAAGCUAAAGUAGGGCGAAAUUAUGCAAAUUUCUUAGGAAGUGAGACGGAUCCAGAGAGGUUAUUCUGUAGUCUGGAAUUUAAUCUACAACCCAAAAAAGUCUCCAAAUUUCUUCAAACUUCGGAAAACAUGCCUCCAGUGGAUAUCAACGUCUCUCGAAAUGUUGCAAGCAGAAAAUCUAGUCUUUUUUCAAAUUGAAAUGAGCGUUCUAUUCUAAAAAGUUCAGAUUACAAAGUCAAGAGCCAUUUUUGUCUUUUUAGAUUUUUAAAGAAAAAUUUGAAGAAAUUUUUUCACGACCUUUUGUCGUCGAAGACUUCAUAAAGGUUUGCAUAAGGCCUGAUGAUAGACGUGACUUCUUCUGAAUGCAUAAUUCAACUUCUAUGUUUUCAACGUUCUCCGAGACUGAAUAUCAGGUCGGCAAGUUGUUGACUCCAGGAAAAAGGUAUGAAGAAGUGGAAGAAGCUAGCGAGAAACCCGAAGUUUUCAGAAGGACUGAAAAAAUUGCGGUAUUUUUUUUCUAGCCGAGUAUUUGCAAGUUUGAUGCAUAUCGAAGGUGUUUUUUGAAAGCAUAUCAUACUCAAUCUGUCAACUUGCAACCUCGGAGGCAUCAGAAAUCAUCGUACGUCUUCUAGAAGCGCUUCUUUCAAGGAUAACCGAGUUCGAGCAACGUCUUCUUCAACGAUCACACAUACUCGGAUUCCGAGACAUCAUAGAAUAUACAUGCAUCAACAACGUAUUCUGGAAGACAUCACGAACAUUUCAAUCAUGUGUGCCAGUGUUCCACUUCCCUCAACAAACGUCAUUAUGAGCGACGUCGUUAGCGAUAUCGCCAUCUUUUGAUGCGAAUAUUUCAAGCAGAUAUUUGUCGUGAGCAUAAGGUUUUAUUGUGGGUUUUUGGAAAAAAAAAUCUUGAUUUCCUUGCAAAAUUUCAUUUUUUGGGAAGUUUGUUUUGAGGAAAAAAAGCUCAUUUAAAGACGUUCACUUGGUCUGUUAAGAUCUUAAUUAUCAAUUAAAUCACAAGACUUUAUUCCGUGCUAGCAUUUGUUUUUUUUUAAUCUUAAAAAGGAAGUAUAGCUUUUGGAGGAAAAAAAGUUCAGUUUUAGAAAGACUGUCCGAUCGUGAGAGAAAAAUUAAUCGCGUAUGAUAUUUUUUUCCUUUCAAAUUUAGUUGUUUUCGCUGCGAAGUUUGCAAGGUUUUGAAAACGUGUGAGCCCGAAUGAAAAGGUCAUUUCUGCAGCCUUUCUUCAUAUUUGGCUGUAGGGCCCAACUUCCUAAUCAAAUCCUCAAGACGUCGUUUUUUCUUUCACGAGAGCGAAAAAAACGUGCUCCUGAUGCAGAUAGGAUGAGAAAGGUUAAUGAAGAAGGAGGAAGGAGAACGUGUGCCCCGAAGCGAUGUGUUCCUCUGCCUCCGCCCCUUUUUCCGCCGUGGCCACUCCUUCGGCACACAUCCGAAGGUUGUUUCCAAGGAUGGCGGCAGGACGACGUCGGAUGUCGUUGCCACAGACGCCAAUGGGCUCACCGGCCGGAGGACUUCGGAUGAAUCCGGGCCUUUGCUCGAGCGCUCGACAACCGCAACGACAGCUCCCACAGCUCCGACCAAACGGCAGCUUGUUCUCCUUGCUCCACCAAUAUCCUCCAGCGGAGUCGGUGCUCGUCGAGUACGACGCCCAUGCCCGUCUGUCCCAGCCGGAGCUCUACACAAAUAGCGAAGUCUUCCGAAGUCCGGGCUAUCAGAGAAAGGCCGUUACGGCUCGCAGUAGCAACAGCAGUGGGAUCGCUCGCAAACUCCUCAAACGCGCCAAUUAUUCGGACUUAUCCACGAGGUUUCAGAAGACUCAUGGUCAUUCUGGAGGCGUCGGCGCUGUACAGUCCAAGGUCGCCGACGUCCGAGGCUCGGCCAACAAUGUUCAUGGUUAGUUUCUCUGUACUAUUCGCGAAAAUAUUUUAAGUUAUCUGAAAAUAAAAGGAAAAAGGCUUCGAAAACUUUAUCGGUUAUGCUCUUUGAGAAUUGAAAUGAUUUUUAUUUACAGAAAACUGAAUCGUUUCUAAUGCGACAUAUUUGACACUUUCUCAAAAAACAUCUUCAGACUAUUGUAGUAUGUUUCACGAGCCGCGAGAGAAUUCUAAAUUCUUUAAAAUCGAAAGACGCAUUGCUCAUGUUAAAGAAUAUCUUAACUAUAAGAAUUAUUUCACUACUUCAUAGUUUCAGUUCCUGAUCAUAGAUUUUGUCGAUAAAAAAAAUUCCCUGAUUUUUUUUCUUUUUUUGAGACUUCUGCAAAAACAAUUUCUAUACUGCUAAUAACAGAGCUCUUCAUGCAGGAAAAUUUUUUUUUUUUUGAAUUGUGAAUCUUUUUGAAAAGCAUUGAACAAACCUAAUAUUAAGUUAUUAUUUCGAGACAGAAUUCAUUUAUCAUAUUAAACAAUUUUAGCUAACGACAUGUUUGAAGGAAGAUUUUUUGUCUGAUUUUUCGGCUUCUUCAGAAACGACGCUCAAAUAUAAUGGCUUCCGUCUUUUCCUCUUUUUUGUUCGGUCAAAUGCCAUUUUCAGCGGUAGUUGAAAGCUUUUGUUGAAGUGGCGCAAGGUUUUCUUUGUUGGUUUGAGUUUGAGGGAAAGUUGGCUGAAAGAAAAUUGGAUAAAAAACUGUCGUAAAAUGAAGGCUCUAAAGUCAAAAUAAGAUCGGAAACGUUUCGAGAACGAAAUUAUUUUUUGUAGCCAAAAAUGAAGAUUUUCUACUGUAGGUUUAAGGUCAAAUACAUAUCAAAAUCGGAUCCAAUUUUAAUACAGUAAUAAAAAAUUUUCUUUCACCGUGAUUUUCAAAGACGCUCGGAGACAAGCUUUUUUAUCUUUCCUUAUUCAGAAGCUCAUCAACGGAAAAUUUCUCACUUUAUUAAUCCAAAUUGGAGUAUCAAUUAACAUAUCGAUCUAGAAAAGUUCAAAAAUUCCAUUUUUUUUUUCCAUCUUUUCAGUGACGACAACAAUGAAAGAAAAAUAUUGCAUUGAAUAAUUGGAUGAGGCCGUUUUUCUUUGUUAUCUUUUCUUCGCCCAGUAUAAAAAUACCCAAAAUUUUCUCCUUUUUCGGUUCUCCAUCAACAGGAAGUGCUCGAAAAUAAAUGAAAAACGAUGCGAGUGUGAGAAGAAGAAGGGAAAAUUAGACGGAAAACAAAAACGAGUGACUUUUUUCUUUGCACCUCCGAGUGGACAAAACUUUGAGCCACACGCGAUGCAUAUAUACACUCGAGCAACUGCAAUUAAUUAAAAUUGGCCAAGAGGAAAAGAGAAGAAAACAGAGAAUAAUGAGAGAGUUUUGACCGGGUUUUCCAAUGAAUUUGUAAUGUGUCGUGCAAAGAAGUAUAAGAAAAAUUUUUUCAUCUUCAAAAAGGUGUUGCAAAAUUAAGCGAGUUGAGAAGUUCCAAUCAAAAAAAUUGAUAAUCUAAGAAAUUAGUUUUUUUAGCAAACCCGGUUUUUUUCAUGAACAAUAUCCAUGUGAUUUUUUUACUCAACUCGAAUUUGAAAUGAGUUUUUCCAGCAGAUUUUUUUGAAAUUCGUUAUAUAUCUAUUUUUUUAAAACAUAAAUUUCGACAGUUUUAAUAUCACCUGGAAAAAAAUAAGCUUCAACGUUUUUCUGAUAAGAGCAAUUGAUAAGUCUUUAUUAUUUCCUUUUUUUCAAAAUGUUUACCUAAAUUUCAAAAUCCGUGAAUAAUACUAUUAACUUGGCUUCAGAAUUUAGCCGUCUAGUAUAAAAAUUUAUUUGAAAAACUUGGAUACUUGAAAAAAAUUUAAAGGAUCAAAAUCUUUGAUUCGAAAAAAAUAGCUUGUUUUUUGUUUAUUUGUGAAUGAUCAUUCAGUUUUUCUAUGAUUUUUCAUUAUUCAUCAAAGAUUCUUCUCUCUGAGAAUAGUGAAUAAAUAGAAUGAGAGCUAUUUAUUAAGAGAUUUGAAGGGCUUCCUUUAAUGGUCACAAACCACCCAUAUAAACUUCCACAAAUACCCAAUCAACAAAGUUUGCCUAGUAUUACGUUUCUCACUCUCCACUAAUGUUAUGUAUAGCGGGAAUGGCUCGGAUUCUGGUGGAUAUUGCGUCGUUAUUGAACCUUUCCCUGAAUUGAAAAAAAAAGACUUUUUUUCGAAAAUGCCUGAGGGAAAACCCGGCAACAAUUCAAAUGCUUUUGGAUGAUCGACAGAAAAGUGUGAUUUUUCGAAUCUAGUAUUUUUUUUUCUGUUCAAGUUUUGAUCGUCUUCAAGCGGUUUUUCAUCUGAUAGGUUGUUUCGGACAGAGAACAAUCAAAUAGGAAUCUUGUAUUGAAAAAGAAUAAUUACUAGUUUUUGAAAUUAUUUGAAGAAAAAUUUAACUUUGUCAUAAGCUUCAACAGACUAAAAGUUGACGCUAAAAAUUAUUUCUUUUUCUGACGCUUUUUUAAAAUCAGCUUUAAGGUAGCGUCUAUCAUAUGGAAUUUUUUUGAAUUUUUUUACAGAGAAUAUGUAUUUUUCUGACACAAAAGAGGGACGGAAUGUCCUUUUGAAAAAAAUUUUUAUAUAUAUUAGUUUUUUAUUUCAAGCAUUACAAGCUUGGAAAGAGUUGGGCACAGAUCUUAAUGAAAUAGUGAAAAUUUCCAGACGUCAUCGUGGAUCCGGUUUACCUGGCGUUGAAGCAGGCGACGGGCCGGUACACGCGUCGCGGCUCUUCCACCAACCUGGAGUCUGCGUCUCCGAGCCCUCGCAAUCUAUCGCAAGUCUCUCUUCAGGUACGGUAGCUUUUCGUCGAAAGAUGAGCUUCUUGACUUGGUCGCACUUGGAAUUGUCCGUAGGAGAGCCGAAGCGGUCGCUUUCUGGCUCACCCGAAGCACGACUUUUUUUGCAUGGUCGCAAGAUGGAGUAUUGUAGUUUUCUGUAACUUAUGAUUGAAUCGCAACUCGACCGAGAAGUUUUCCUUCAAUCCAUGUUCGACUACAAUGAUUUUUACUCGUUUCAUAAGACAAAGAAUUAAGUUCAAGCAAUUCCUUAAAAUUUUCGCGCUUCGUAACCCGACCACGAACUACUUGCGCUUGGCGGCAUCAAACAAUACCUAAUCUAGUAAAUAGCCUCAAUAAGAUGGUGGAAGUAUCAAAAUUGGUUCAUCGCUGUUUUAGACAGCAUUUAAUGAAGGUUAUAGAAGUUGUGCGAGAAUUAAAAAGACACAAAUCGGUUCGGACGGUAAUCUAAGUUGAAUAAAAAAGUUAAGGAUUUUUUCAACUAAUUUGAUCUUCUGCAAAUAGAGAGCAAAAAAGUUUAGAGAGUUGAACGGAAUUUCGAUGAUUUUUUUCUGCGUUGCUGUGAGGAAGUCAGAAAGUGGUCAGUUCGAAGUUUGAACUCUAAUUGAAAUAAUUAAGUUGAAAAAAAAAUCGGUAUUACAUUCGAAGUUUUCAAAUAAUCAAAGUGAACAUACUUGAUUUUAAUUUUUUUUUUCUAACCUCAAAGUUUUCAAGAUUCCCAUUUUCAUCCAAUCAGUUAUCUAUUUGUUUGGAGGCAAAGUCUAAUUGCUAAAUUAUCAUGAAUCAUUAACAAGAUCCUCCACUUUUUCUUCGCUUUCGUAUUUCAUGCAAUGAAUCAGUUGUGAGUUAUUUCCGCUUUUGAUUGAGCCACGCAUGAUAUGAUUAGGAUUUAUUAUUCCGAUUUGUUGUCAGACCAGAGUUUCUGCGUCCAAACAGAUAAUCUGACCAAAACAGGAGCGAAAAUUACGUUCAAAAGACGCACUUUUUCACAAGUUUUUCGGCAAAUUCUUCGAAAUUUCCGGCGCGGUUCCCACCCAUGGGACCUCAUUUAACUUGUCAGUGACGUCAUCGAUUUCCCCUUAAAAUUGAUAAUAAAAACUGGGUUUUUGAGUACUAUUAUUCUCCAAAAUUCUGCUUUUUUUCGGUUUCUCUCCAUGCGAUUUCAUCUUUUCAGACUUUUAAAUAGGGUGAGUUUUUCAUAUAUUGUGGAGUGAUGCGCAGGUAAAUCUACUCGAAAAAAAAAAGUUGAAACGUGGGAAAUUAGAAUAAAUGAAUAAGCUGUUAACAGUAUCAAUUGAAACUUCUUUUUAUUUUUCUCUGCAAACCUAAAAGUUUUACCCUUGUAGAAGAUAUAGAUUGAGCUUUAAAAGUCUGCGGAUAUAACAGACUCUAGAACCUGUUGAAAUUUUCUUUUUCCCAGUUUAAACCAAUAAAUUCGGAAAAUAUUCGUUUUUCCAACUGAACAACGCGCAAGUCGUUUUGUGGUCAGGCGCACCUUACUAGCGACAGUUUCGCAGUCAGCUUUUUAUUUUGCUAGUAGACUUUCAUACUUUAUAACUAAGAAGAAAAACAGACUCAAGCCUUUUCGCUAGAGUCAUUCGAAUAAUCUUUACACAAAUUCACAAGGGCUGUGUUCAGGACUCUGGCUACGCGGAGAUGACGUCGGCCAAAGGAAAUCCGAUGUUGGGCUCGACGCCACAACUCGACAAUACUGGUGAGUGAGUGGCCGGUUUCACGGCCGAUUUAUUCGCCUUUUUGUUUCGACGACGCACCGUCGGGCCCAAUUAGUCCGGCCUGCACCUGGGGGCAGGUGCCUUGCCUUUCUAAGCCAUUUUUUCCGUCUUCUCCUGUUGCUGCUGCCGCCGCCUACGCUCCUUCUAAGCAUUAAGACGUUUUUUCUUGUUAUUUUUUGCAGUCUUUUUCUAUUUGUAUUUUGGUUUAUUCAAACGUCUACAGCGAUUUGAACCGUGACCGGAAGCGCCCGAAAGGGUCUUAGGUUUUUCCUCGCAAUUUUUUGGUUAUAAGCUUUUAGAGUGCUGUGAACUUUUUCAAAAAUCUCCAGGCCUGACUUCUUAGUGGGUCAAUCUUUUUUCCCAUGUCUUCCAGAUUAUUUGGAGUUCUCUAAAAAUGAUCCUACAGGUUUCUAUUUAGUUUCUCCUUCUUUUACCACUUACAAAAAAAUAAUAUUUUUCUUGGUUUAUGAAAAAGUUCUUUGAUUAUCCAAGCCUGUAAUCAGUAUUAUCUCAAAAAUAAGAAUUGAUUGAAGAUCAUGAGAAGCAAAGUUAUGAAGAUUUUGAGGCUAUGAGGAAAUAUCAACUUUCCCUGAACGCCCACUUGAUUUUUCAGAAAAGAUUUCAAGAGGAUAAAAUUUAUCUGGGAGAAAAAAAUAAGGUUGUAUGGAAUAAUUAUGUUAUAAUCUGAUCGAAAACAGGUUUUUAAAGAUUUUUUUGAAGUUUUUUUCAUAGCGAAGAUGACCUCAAAAACUGCGAAGGGUAAGAAAAAUUGAUAUCAAAAUUAUGAUUUUUUUUUUUGAAUGAAACUUAAAGUGAAAUCUUCAUCAAAAACUACUAAUUUUUUGGUAAAGAAAUAAAAUCGCCUAUCUAACACCGAAAUCGAUUCAAAAAGUCUGUUUAUUCUUUUUUCCAUCCAUCAACUAGAAACUUUGGAAAAAAAGCUGUCACUUUUUGGCAACGAACAGGUGGUUUUUGGGCUUUCCACUUUCAUGAUUUAUUCAUUUUCCCAUUUUCUAUCCACCCUCAACUCAACAAAAGUUGCCUUUAUUAAAUGUUAGGAAAGAAUUCGCUUUUUCUUUUUUCCGUUUUUUUCUUUCACAGAAUCUUUCUGUGGCUUCGAAAUGAUAUUUUUCUCUGAAAGGUUUCCGCUUUGAAGAACUUUUUGGGUGUUUGUUUUGGAAUUCAGGAAUUUCUAAGUCCUUCCAGAUAUUUUGUGAUGCUUGGAAUGCGUCAUGAGACGUUUGGAAUUAUUAAGAAGGUGGAAUAACACGUCUGGGAGUGUCAUGAUAACUCGAAAAUCUGGAGGAGUGAAAGGAAGAAACUUUUCGAAGAACCAAAAGUAACUGGUAUGUAAGAAUAUAUCGCUUUUCAAAGCAUAAAACUUUUUCGUAAAAUUUUAGUUGUUUUAGCAGAAUUUUAAGUUUAUUAGGGCCAUCAGUUAAGAUAUAUGGGAAAAAAGUAUUAUUUUAUUUGAAGAGCAAAAAUUUUUGACUUCAAAUAAAUUUGAGGUUCAGUCCAAACUAUAUUAGCGUUGCGUGGCACUAUAGAGAAAUUUGCGAAUCCCUAAAACUUGCCUAAAGUGAUUUAUAAGUUGGAAAUCACAUUCAAGAAGCCUUUAUAAACAAAUAGAAGCCUCAGAUUCAGACUCUACAUGACUUUUCUGGAGUUAUUACGACGUAUUAUUUGUAAGUUUAUUAUUUGUAAUAAUUUGAUAGUUUCUGAUGAAGUCACAAGCAACAGAGAUUAAGAACUUCUUUUGAACCAUCAUCAAUAGGACAGGAAUCAAGGAUUGUUGGAAGUUGAAUGAAGAUUAGCACGGAUUUGACAUGGAAGGUUUUCUGAAGUAGGAAGUUUUUGCGUAGAGUAUUCUUUAAUUGGGAGUUCCUGUGACUACAGCUCGGAAGAAACUUUUUUUUAAUCGCAACACUUUAUUUUUUCGCAACAUCGGGAUGGUGUGGUGAAGUUGCAGGGAGGAAAAAAGACAUAGGUGGAUUAACAACCCCACCUGUGAAGAAAAAAAGCUUUCGAUCCUAAAUUAUAAGAAUUUCCGAGUUUUGAUGAGAAAUGCAAUUACUUUCAGGUAUAACAUAAUACUUAUUUCAUGCAAAAAAAGCGUCCUUGUUGAAGAGCUUUAGUAAUAAAUUUUGAAAAUGUUCAGAUUUUGGUUUUUGCGAAAUAAAAAGAUCACUCAAAAAGAGGUGUACCUGAAAUUUAACUUCAACUUUUUUUUUCAUUUUCAUACUUCCAGCUUAAUUUUAACUUCGUUAAAAUUGAUACUGCUGGAUACUAGGCUUAAGUUCGCUCUAAUACUUUGGCUAACGGAACUUUUCUCCAUUUUCAGAAGUAAAGCUUUUCUCAAAAUUGACAAAAUAACGAAACAGAAAUCAGAAAUUAGGCUUUAAAACCUCGAAAAGACGGUUCUCCGGUGUUGUUGAGACGCUAAGCGGCCCCCACCCACAGGGACAAUCGCCUUUUUUCUGCCGCUCCAGGAUUAUCGGCGCUACUCCACCCCUCAUCCUUACUCCUUGUCAUAUCAUAUCCGGCCGAGGCAGUCGCCGCCUCCUCUUCCUUUUUUCGGCCUUCCUUUCCCAUCGAUGAACGCCUGCUUGACGCCACCGGCGCUUGGCCUCUUGUACACGGCGCGCCGCAAACUUCGCUACACUGGCUCUCAAAAUGGUUUCGUCUAUCUUUGAUCUACUCAGUUGUCAAAUCAGACUUAUGCUUAGCGUCUCAGUCGUUUCACGAAGGUUAUCGAAAAUUCAACAGAACAAAAGCUCUCCCGAUUCAAAAGAAAACUUUUUACGUUGGCCAGAAUCAGUUUUUGUUAAUAUUAAGUGAAUUGCGUUUUUGAAAUUUCAAAGCCUUGAUCUACUCAGUUGUCAAAUCAGACUUAUGCUUAUGAUCGGAAACUUUUGAGACAUUUGAACUUAUGGAGCCUGAUCUGCCAUGAGCCAUGUUUUCUUUUCAUGCUUAAUUUGAAUCUAUAACUAUCCUAAGCCCCGACUUACUAGAUUCUCUCUCGGACUGUUUAGCUCAGUCUCAGAACCGUGAAACAAGACUUUCGAUUUUAAAAAGGCGUCGUUUUAUGUUGAGGUUGACCAGAGACUUUUAAAAAAUUGCUUUCUUGCCUAGGCGGUCUAGAAUGUACCAAAAUGGUCUAAAUGGACUUUCUAACCUAGUGUGGGAAUUAUUCGAGACAUUCCCUCUUCUUAUGUCACACUUAUCAUUAUCAAGGGGCUUUUUUCUAUUCGAAUAAUAGCAUUUGAAGUUUUUGUAAAGAUUCCACAAUUUUUCAGGAAGAUCGACAGGGCGACGACGGGCGCCGAAGCUGUCGACGCAGAUGAAAUCGCUGUCUUUGGACUGUCAGGACAUGCCUCCGAGGAUCAACUCUGCCACUCGAAGUCCACUCAGUCAGUCAUUUCUGCCUCGAAACAACGAAUAACAUUGAACUUUCAGGAGGAAAGCUGGCACCGAGAGAUUUCCGACGGAAUGGCGCGGUCAACGGCAGUUCCGACUUUUCUGACGUCGAAAGGUCAUGCUCGCCGAUCGUGAAGAGCCGCAGAAGUAGUGCAGCUCUGAGUGAGUUUUUCAGAGAUCGAGGAAGUUUUGGACCUGUAGUUUUGAAGAGAUUCCGACGAGUUUCUUGAAGGGAGAAAAAGAAGAGAGUUUUGAGGAGUAAACAGCUCUACAACCCGAUUUUUUUUUAUUAGAGCUUUUUGAGAAACGUACCAACUUGUAGUCAGUCGUGGCUAUAUUGCGAAUGUAGCCGAAACUUCUAGAAACUUCUUUUUUUUUCGUGUUUGUGUGUCUUUUGAUUUUUUUUUUCGGUUCACUUCAGCCGAAACAAAUAAAUAACUCAAAUAUUACCUGACAAAAACCUGAACGAAUUUCCAUGGUGAAUGUUCUUCACAAAAAAAUUUCCAUUUAUUUGCUUUUUGUUUUUUUUUUUUGCACGCAGGUGCAUAUCUUUUUUAUAAUGAUAUCAUUUCUGAUGAGGUGGAAAGAACGAAACCGAAUCAUUGCCAAGGAUUUCAUUUGCAUCGGGAUUUUUUUUUGAUUCUGCGGAAAAUUUAAUUUUCGCAGAACCUCGUGAGGGAAAUGAUUAUUUGAGAGAAAUAUGAGUUGACGGCGAAUGAAUUCCGGCUAUACUUUGGGAAAUCGUCGAUUUUGGGUAUGCUCGUGAGAAAAAAAGAAAAGAAGUUUUUCAUUUUUUAAACAUUUUGAACGGAGAAUUUCAGAAAAUUUUGUAAAAUAAAGUUUGAAUAUUACCUUUCCUAAUUAAGGUUGUUCGAAGGUGUGCCUUUGGUAAUUUCUUUUAAAGUUUCAAAAUAUUGAGACGAUAAGUAAAGUUGUAAUAAUUGUAAAGCUUCAAGACGUCUUACAUUAUCGAACUAAAUUGCGAAUACUUGUGAAAGACACCCAUGGGAGUUUCAGUGCAAUCGCGAGGUUACAUUGUGAUCCACGAAUACGCGCCGUCGUAUGGAGCUCCGUUGGUCCUCGGCGAACGGGUCCACGUCGUCGACAACGGCGAUCCCGACUGGCUCCACGGCUUCCGCUACAACGAUAGGUAUCAUUUUAUCACACAUCAUUGUUCAAAGUUCCAGGAAUUGCUUAGGCGUCUCUGUCAAACUUUCAAGAAUAUUUUGGUAACUUGAUGUGAUGCGUAUAAGGUCACUGAACCCAACAAACCAUGGUAAAAGAAAUCAAAAUGCUGUAAUUUUGCGCAAAAUAGUUGACCUUUUUUUUAUAUUCUCAAACGACUUCAAAAUCAUUCAUAACCGUUGCAAGCUUCUUUGAUGAUCUUCUGAAUACAUUCCUCAAACUUGACAUGUUUAUUUUCGUUGCUGAAUCCGGAGAAUAUGAUUCUGUUCAGAACCGAGCACCUCAUAACCUUCCCCGCAACUUGUGUCGCUCAAAUGCAUCCUGGCGAACAAGCGAUGCGGAUUCUUCAGAACGUUUUUGUUCCAGAACAGAAGUUUCGAAUGUACAGAGACCAGGUAAAACUUUUCUCAAACUGUUAAGAAGUUUUCUGAGGCUUAACCUCGAAGUUUAGACAGCUAAAUUCAAAAUGUAAUAAUUCUCAAAAUUUUCUCAGAUACUUGAAGUUUAGUUGAUUGCUGGUAAGCUGGAAAGUCGAAAUUGGUAUUAGAUCCUUAAUUUACUGAAGGUUGAGUCUUGAAAAUAAAAAAACCGAGUUUUUCUCAACUUCUUAUCUAUAAUAGCGUUUUAAUUCCUUUUUUUUUCUAUUUUAGAUCAUAUCCAACCAACGUUAGUUUCAAUUAUUCAAUAGUAGGUUAGAUAAAAAGUCGACUUUAUGAGCUUUUUCUUUUACUUUCUGUGCCCAUUUAAUGUCUAAAUUACUCUCGUUACACCUUUCUUAAACACUUUGGAGGACCAGAACGUAGAAAAAUGAGAGUCUGAUUCGGAAAGUCUUCAAGAAAUCGUCGUAGAUCGUUUCAAUUGCUUUGAGAUUUUUUUUUGGCCUGUCAGUUGAAAUUCAAAGAAAAAAGAAUCGAUUUUUUUUUGAGUUUUUCGAGCUUAACGGGAACCACUCCGAAAAAAUGCAAAAAAAGUGAACAGUUUGAAAAGCUUUGAAAAUAAUAUCAAAUAAUUUCCAGGUCGUUUUUGCUCAACCAGACACUUUGGUCGACGGAAAAGUAACGGUUAGGACAGAACACAACGCCCUGGCGCCUUGUCCUCUCUCCUCUUUGGCCCUCAUUUGA